AUGGCUGCUCCGGCGCCUGUCGGGUCUUCGGGUUCCUGCUGUUCUCGACUGGCUGCGGGUCUCCGGCUGCUCCCGCUGCUGGCGCUGUUGCAGUUGCUAGCCGAGCCUGGCCUGGGCCGCUUUCACCACCUGGCGCUCAAGAAUGAUGUGCGGCAUAAGGUUCAUCUGAACACCUUUGGAUUCUUCAAGGAUGGGUACAUGGUGGUUAAUGUCACUAGCCUGUCAGUCAACGAGCUUAAAGGAAUCACAGACAAGGAUGCAACUAUCGGUUUUAGCCUAGACCGUACAAAGAAUGAUGGAUUUUCUUCUUACCUGGAUGAAGAUGCCAAUUACUGUAUUUUAAAGAAACAAUCUGUUUCUGUCACCCUUCUAAUCUUAGACAUCUCCAGAAGUGAACUAAGAAUAAAAUCCCCACCAGAAGCUGGUACCCAAUUACCAAAGAUCAUCUUCAGCAAGGAUGAGAAAGUCAUUGGUCAGAGUCAGGAGGAACCUGGUGGUAACCCUGCAUCAACAAGCAACCAAACAGGUAAACUCUUAGGGUGAAAUCAGUAAAAUGGAAAAGCUAAAAGAAGUACAGUAAAUUCAAAGGCAAUGGCAGAGAAAUCGUUUUCUGUUCACAAUAAUGAUGGGGCAAUUUCAUUUCAGUUUUUCUUUAACAUCAGCACUGAUGAUCAAGAAGGCCUCUAUAGCCUUUACUUUCAUAACUGCCUUGGAAAUGAAGUGCGAUCUAGUGACAAGGUUUCAUUCAGUCUUGAUAUUGAGAUCACAGAGAAGAAUCCUGACAGCUACCUUUCAGCAGGAGAAAUUCCUCUCCCCAAGUUAUACAUUUCGAUGGCCCUUUUCUUCUUCCUUUCUGGGACCGUCUGGAUUCAUAUUCUUCGAAAAAGACGGAAUGAUGUGUUUAAAAUUCACUGGUUGAUGGCAGCCCUUCCUUUCACCAAGUCUCUUUCCUUGGUGUUCCAUGCAAUCGACUACCACUACAUCUCAUCCCAGGGCUUCCCGAUUGAAGGUUGGGCAGUCGUGUACUACAUCACUCACCUCUUGAAAGGGGCACUACUGUUCAUCACCAUUGCACUCAUUGGCACCGGCUGGGCUUUCAUUAAACACAUCCUUUCUGAUAAAGAUAAAAAGAUCUUCAUGAUUGUCAUCCCACUCCAGGUUCUGGCAAAUGUGGCCUAUAUCAUCAUAGAGUCUACUGAGGAGGGAACUACUGAGUAUGGCUUGUGGAAGGAUUCUUUGUUUCUGGUUGACCUGCUCUGCUGUGGAGCCAUCCUUUUCCCAGUGGUGUGGUCAAUCAGACAUUUACAAGAAGCAUCAGCCACAGAUGGAAAAGCUGCUAUUAAUUUAGCAAAACUGAAACUUUUCAGACAUUAUUACGUCUUGAUUGUAUGUUAUAUAUACUUUACAAGGAUCAUUGCAUUUCUCCUCAAACUUGCAGUUCCGUUCCAGUGGAAGUGGCUCUAUCAGCUCCUGGAUGAGAUGGCUACGCUGGUAUUCUUUGUCUUAACUGGGUAUAAAUUCCGUCCAGCUUCAGAUAAUCCCUACCUACAACUUUCUCAGGAAGAGGACGACUUGGAAAUGGAAUCUGUAGUGACGACCUCAGGGGUGAUGGAAAACAUGAAGAAAGUCAAGAAGGUGACCAAUGGCGCUGUGGAACCCCAGGGUGAUUGGGAAAACACUGCAUGA